AUCUUGAUAACCGGCAAUAUAUCUACUGUACUAAUCGGAGAUCUAACCCUUCAUAAUUGCAUAUUCAUCGAUGUCGGAACUCGAUGAGAUUUACCGAGCCGUAAGCUUUGAGAUAUCUUUGAAGAGUCCCUCAACUGAAUAGAUCCUUUGCAUUGACUGUAGGGAGGUAUGAUUCUGAGUAUCCUCGAGUAGUCAGUCAGUAUCAUACAACACCCAUGGUACACACAAUAUCUUAUCUCCAAUCAAUCAACCCCUAGCUGCCGACCUACACUUCAACCCUCGCCGAAUUCCUACGAAACUACAAAAGCUGUGUGGAACAGACAAACAGAUUCGAGCCGCAAAAGCCGCAAGCAGUACACGGAAGCAGGCUUGUUUACCCGUCAGUCACAACACCAAAUUCAUCACUCAUCAAUCAUACUCUCGUACAGUAAGUAUUUAACCUUACGCACGAUAUUGUAGGUAUCGAUCAAUAGAGAGCACCACCAAAUCAUGUCAAAGUAUCUGUGUUGUUCCCACUUAGCGAGAAACCUCUGCGCAAUUGGUUAUUCACUAUUACGAAUUUAGUACGCCUCCUUUAAAUACAUGAAUUAAGCAUCGCUGUUGAGUUGGAACAAUUAACUUUACGACACCUAUCCAGACUUCAUUUCUAUCCAGCCUUCCACUAUCUUUCUUGGACACGGGGUUGAUAAGUCAUAGAUCCACUGACUAACCUACCACUCACUCACUCACUCACUUCUCUUCUCUCUCUUCCCUCUUUUUCCCGGAUCCGUCCCUCACUUCCAUCACUUCCUACUCACAGGGAGCACCCAUUUCCACUCUCAUUCUCCCACUCUGCCACUUCAAUUCGGCGAAUACUCUUUCCGUACCAGUCCUGCAUUCACAAAAUAUCGCCUCAUCGUCAAUAUCGAUCCACCCCACCAGGUCUCGUCUCGUCACCUCUGGCUGUUUCCGCGCCAUGCAAGCCCCAGUCUCGCUUCUUUCGCCCCUGGGUAAGUUCCAACGUUUCAUUUAUUAUUUUAGUAAAAAAAGCUACCAAGGGCAGGAUGCAAAACGGCCCCCAAUCUUGAUUUGGAUUUCAUCAUUGGCCAAUAAAUUGACCUCGUGGGUAAAUGGCUCGAUGACAAUCCAUUUUUGAUUGAUAUUCAUUUUCUUCUCUCCGUUAUCAUCAUUCCAUGUUCCCAUUCCCAUCUGCAUUCCCUUUCCUUUGUCACACUGCAUACUGCAUACUGCAUACUGCAUCCUGUAUACUGUACAAAAUGUGUGUAUUGUACCUACUUAGUAGUGGUACUACAUCUUACAUCUCACAUCUCACAUCUUACAUCUCACAUCUUACAUCUCACAUCGUGUACUUUCCGAAUAUCACUUGAAAUCUAAAAGAGAUAAUUAUUGGUCACCAUCACCAUCUCUUUCAUCAGAAACACGGCUGAACCAAAAAUUCAAAACCCAAAGUCACACAAGUGUUACACUUCAUUCCAAUGAACUUGUUUAAUUCCUCUUCCCCGGUGCCACAUUUUGACUCGAAAAUAUCUUCACCCGGUUUAUGUUGUAGCACGAAAUUCAAAUGUCACUGCAGAUUUCAGUAUCUUUUUGAAAAGGAAUAAUAUGAUGAAAAUGAUUAACUUACUGACUUGAUUCAUUCCAUCUCUAGGCUAUAGUAACAAUAGUUGCGGAUAUUGUCACAAUAAUUCAGGAAGUUAGUUACAUAUUCCAAUUACCAACUCACAGAAAUGUAUUAUUGGCAGUAUCAUGUCCUAUCCUCAUCACAUGUGCCUCGAUUCAAGAACUUCUUUCCUUUUUUCAUAUACUUCAUAUUGACUUUCUACCUUUGUUGCUCAAUGGCUUGAGUCAAGUUCUCAUAUUGCGCAAAGGCCAUUUAUUCACUUAUAUCUCUAGGCUAUUCGUAUUACGCAAAAACCCAAACAUUAAACCCAGAAUUUUACCAAGGGCUUCUUGAUCGAGGAUGGAGGCGUUCAGGUACCUUACUCUACAAACCAGAUCUAAGGAACUCAUGUUGUCCACAAUAUACCAUCCGUCUUGAUUCUCAUCAAUUCCAUCCAACCAAAGAUCAACGACAAGUUGUCAAUCGUUUCAACAACUUUAUCCUAGGACAUACCUAUACAAAAGAAGCAGCAAGAUUAUACCCCAAAUCACGCGACCAAGCCAAAAAACGCAAUACGGAUUUUGAUCUUCAGGAAAGAAUCCAUGAGGGAGAAAAGGAACAAAUCAAGACACCCCCAGAACCAGCUCAUUCUUUUACCGUUACAUUGGAAACCGACGAAUUUACCGAGGAGAAAUACACUAUUUUUGAGAAUUAUCAACGGACGGUUCAUCACGACCCACCUAGUAAAAUCAGCAGAGCAGGAUUCAAAAAUUUCCUCUGUUCAUCCCCCUUACCUCGCAGUACCCAAACCAUCAACGGUAAAACCAAACCCCUAGGAUCCUAUCACCAAUGUUACCGACUCGACGGAGAAUUAAUCGCUGUCGGCGUUCUAGAUCUCCUUCCCAAAUGCGUCAGCGCAGUAUACUUCAUGUACCAUGAAUCCGUUCACUCUCGUGGUUUCGGAAAACUAGGCGCAUUGAGAGAAAUUUCCUAGCAAAGAGAUAGGAUAUCAAUAUUGGUACGCGGGGUUUUAUAUUCAUAGUUGUGUGAAAAUGAGAUAUAAAGGCGAUUAUAGUCCUCAAUAUAUUCUAGAUCCGGAAACAUAUUCCUGGAUCUUAUUUGAUGAGAAAUUAAAGGGGAAAUUGAACGAGAGGAAAUACGUCACCGAGGCUGCUCAAUCAACUCCUGAACCUCCAAAUCAAAAUCAAGACUCAACCUCAGAUUCAGACUCAGACUCCGACUCAAACUCCCAAACACCAAUCUUCGCCCGCACCCCCUCCAGCAGCAUGCCAGGUCUCCUCACCCGCAGCGAAAUCCUAACCAAAGCCCCCUUGGACAAAAUCAAAAUCCGCAUCGGAAAAACCGAUCACGAAACCCAUGAAUUGAUUAAUUGGGAGAGUGAUAAUGUGAUGGAUGCGAAUAGUAUCAAGGGGGUUAUUGCCGAGUUGGUUAGUACGGUGGGGAUUGAGUUGGCGGGGGAGAUGGUGAUUUAUUUUAGGUGAGGGGAGUGGAG